GACAGGAGACAGACGCUGGACAAAUAGGUGGACUACAGGGAGACAGACUGAUGGGAGACUACAGACAGUCCCGGCCGCGUUAAUUAAGACGAAUGUGCGCCGCGGCUCCGCAGAUAAUGAGCGGAGCGCUUGGAUUUCUGCACACGAGGAGAAAACUGCGGGCCAUGGCACUGACGGUACCCGCAUUGCAUCACGGACACGACACCCGGUACCCCGCUGUCUCCCUCCCACCUCAACUGGAGCCGAUGAGGAGACUGUAGCAUCUUAUAAUACAGUUUCUUUGCCUCACAAUCCGAUGCAGCCGCGCUCUCAGACGACUGGCUGUUGUCGCUCCUGGUCUCCAAAGCCAGCCAGCAGCUGCCUGUUCUUGUGCGCUGCUCUGGUGGCGAAAAACCGGUAAUUACGCGCCGUGUUGAUAACUUUGGCGCGGUGCUAUAUGUAUUGCGCAUCAGCAACAAGCCAAGUCUCUGGGAUCUUUUGAGAUUGCCCUUCGCUGGAGUCAAGGGUGAUCCCCGGGAGUCAUCCGCUACCCUGGUUGCAUCAUCGAUUAAGUGCGCGCUACAACCUGUAGCUUUGUGCCCCUUUAUUUCAGUCAUUGUUCCGCCAAGGCGCAAUGGAGGGACACAGCUGACGGUUUUGAAUCCGCAGCCCGAGGAGGAGAGAAGAAAAAAGAAAAGGGAGGAAGAAAGGAAGACUCAGGGGAAAUCAUGUAUGGGCGGUACACCCAGGAGCUGGGUGUGUAUGCCAAGGAGGAAGCGGCCCGCCUACGGGACGGAGGAGUGCGGGAUGGUGGAGGACUGCGGAGGAACACGAGUGUUCGUAGUCGUGCUGCAGACCUGCUGGAGUAUGAGAAAGACCCCUGUGCAAAGUGCCAUUUGUGUGCGUCUCGCUGCCAGAAGUUCCUGAUCUCACGGGUGGGGGAGGACUGGAUCUUCCUCAUUCUGCUGGGGCUGCUCAUGGCUCUGGUCAGCUGGGUCAUGGACUACGCCAUCGCCUUCUGCCAAGAAGCACAGAAGUGGAUGUACGGUGGACUGGACAGCAACAUGCUUCUGCAGUACAUCGCCUGGGUCACCUACCCUGUAGUGCUCAUCACUUUCUCAGCAGGAUUCACACAGAUACUGUCACCUCAGGCUGUGGGUUCAGGCAUUCCUGAGAUGAAGACUAUACUGAGGGGGGUGGUCCUGAAGGAGUACCUGACUUUUAAGACGUUUGUGGCCAAAGUCAUUGGUCUGACCUGUGCUCUGGGCAGUGGGAUGCCUCUGGGGAAGGAGGGACCCUUCGUUCAUGUUGCCAGUUUGUGUGCCGCUCUCCUGAGCAAAUUCAUGGCUGCUCUUUUCGGUGGGAUUUUCACGGUGAGAAUGGAAGAGCCCUUUGAGGGAAGCAAGAACGAGCUGAGGAACACAGAGAUGCUGUCGGCUGCUUGUGCAGUGGGUGUGGGCUGCUGCUUUGCUGCCCCUAUUGGAGGGGUGCUGUUCAGUAUUGAGGUCACUUCAACGUUUUUUGCGGUGAGAAACUACUGGAGGGGCUUCUUUGCUGCCACCUUCAGUGCUUUCAUAUUCAGAGUGCUGGCUGUGUGGAACCAGGAGGAAGAGACCAUCACUGCUCUCUUUAAGACUCGUUUCCGUCUGGAUUUCCCGUUUGACCUUCAGGAGCUGCCAGCGUUCGCCAUCCUCGGGAUUACCUGUGGUUUUGGUGGUGCUCUGUUUGUCUUCCUGAACCGGUUGAUUGUAGAGUGCAUGAGGAAACAGAAGACUAUCAACAAGUUCUUGCUGAGGAAGCGUCUGGUGUAUCCCGCACUCGUCACCCUGCUGAUCUCCACACUCACGUUCCCUCCAGGCUUUGGGCAGUUCAUGGCUGGACAGCUGACGCAGCAUGAGUCUCUGGUCGCGCUGUUCGACAACCGCACGUGGUGCCGUCAGGGCGUGGCAGAGGAGUUUGACUACAUCAGCCACCACCACGCCUGGAAACACCCCCAGGUCAACGUCUUCAUCACACUCAUCCUCUUCAUCAUCAUGAAGUUCUGGAUGUCCGCUGUGGCCACCACCAUGCCUGUCCCAUGUGGGGCCUUCAUGCCAGUUUUUCUAAUCGGUGCAGCAUUUGGCAGACUUGUUGGAGAGAUUAUGGCAUCCAUGUUUCCUGAUGGCAUACAUGCUGACGGCAGUGUGUAUCCCAUAGUUCCUGGUGGUUACGCUGUAGUCGGAGCUGCAGCGUUGUCUGGAGCAGUCACCCACACUGUAUCCACAGCAGUCAUAGUGUUUGAGCUGACUGGUCAGAUCUCCCACAUCCUGCCUGUGAUGAUCGCUGUGAUCUUGGCCAACGCUGUGGCCCAGUCGCUCCAACCAUCUCUGUACGAUUCCAUCAUCCGCAUCAAGAAACUUCCUUAUCUGCCUGAACUGGGCAUGGGCCAUCAUGAGAAGUACAAUAUCCGUGUGGAGGACAUCAUGGUCAGGGACGUGCGCUAUAUCACACUUAACUCUUCCUAUCGAGACCUGCAGGAGAUGCUGCUGACUGGUCAGCUCAAAACAUUGGCCCUGGUUGAAUCCAGAGACUCCAUGAUCCUGCUGGGCUCCAUAGAGCGACUGCAGCUCCAGUCUCUGCUCUCUCUUCAGCUGGGCCAUCAGCGGAGGCUGGAGUACCUCCGCCAGCUGGCCCAGGACAACGGCACCCAAGAUCACCUGCCCAGCCUGACCACCGACAGCACCCCGAGCUCCCCAUGCGGCCACACCCAGAUCAACGCCUCGCCCAACACCAACACUCGCCAAGUGGUCCGCUUCCUGGUGAGCACCCAACAGAUCUCCACAGAGGAGUCUUCCUCCUUCAGCCCAGUGGUUUCCAAUGUUCAGCUUCCUCUGAAAUCAGCUUUGAAAACUGUGUCUGCCAUCAGCGACACAGAGACGCCAAAUAGCUCGCAGACCCUCUCCUGUGCUGACCAAGAGAAGGAGCUGCUGGAGAGCCCGGCUGGGCCGGCUCCUCCUGACAAAAGAAAGCUCAAGCCCAAACGAGUGAGGAUCUCCAUGGCGGACUCUACUGAAGUGGAAGACUGCAUGAGCCCAUCAGACAUAGCAGAGUGGGAGGAGCAGCAGCUCGAUGAGCCGGUGGAUUUCAAUAACUGCAAGAUUGAUCCCGCCCCCUUCCAGCUGGUGGAACAAACAUCUCUGCAUAAGACUCACACUAUCUUCUCUCUGUUGGGUCUGGAUCACGCCUAUGUAACCAGCAUGGGGCGUCUGGUUGGAGUGGUCUCUCUCAAAGAGCUGCGUAAAGCCAUAGAGGGCUCAGUGACUGUGACAGGGGUUAAAGUGCGCCCUCCGUUGGCCAGUUUCCGUGACUGUGGGAACAGCACAAACGUAUCUGAGGUAACAGAACUACACAAGCUGUGCAUCCGCCACAGGGGACUCUCAUUACCACGGGAACCCAACCCUCCUGACGUGGAGGACCAUCCAGAUCUCCCGUACAAAGAGAUCCCUGUCAACUUCUCGGACCAAUCGAAUUUGCAGUUUGAAACCAGCCCCGGUGACAUCACAAAUCAGUUGUCAGAGUCGGUGCUCCAGGAAAGCCCCUCGUUCACAGAGGACCAAUCAGAGUUCACUUUUGACUGCAGCCCCUCCCACACUGAGGAAUCAGAGCUGGCCUGUGACUAUGACCCCCCCACCCACACUCCUGAGCUGGACGAAACAGAGCAAGAGCAGGGGAGUCCAUCUCUGAACAAGGAUCUAUCAGAACCUGAGGGAGAGGGUAGCCCCGCCCACACUGAGGAUCAAUCCAAAUGAUCAGAGGGAAUCCAUACUAUCGCCUCAUGAAUGUUGACGUUUCUUACAUUUGUAGGGGUCACUCUCACCUACAAGUCCAGUCUAGAUACCGGUGUUUCUAACGUUGUUGUGGCGUGAGUGAGUGAGUGAGAAUGAGCGUGCGUAGAUGUGAAUUUUAGUAUUGUGUUUCAAAAUGUUCAAAUGCCUGGAUAAAGCGUGUUGUCAUGGAUCAAGCUGGUUUUAUUCUGUAUUUGGGUUCAAUAAUGUGUUUGACUGUUUAUUACUUUCUGACUUCCCUGCCCUGUUUGUGGCUGUUUCACUCCUAUUAUAGACAUAGAUCUUUUUAAGGGGAGCUCCACUAAUUUUACACAUCAAAGUAUGUUUAGAGGUCUUUGGAACUGCUACUCCAUAAGUGAAUAAAGUCGUAGAAAGCCUUCUUUGGCUCUAGGGGGAGCUGUGUGAAGAUAACCUGAGGUGAUGUCACUUGAGUUAGUGUCAGUGGGGGAGGAAGACUAGAUGAAGAUGUAUGAAAAUAAAAAUAUGUGAGUUAGACAGAAUGAGCUUACCAGACCCCUGUAGCCCGCACCUCAUCUCUGCCUGAGACUAGCAGCUCAACAUUACCGCUACUAGCACAACACACCUUAAUCUCUGACCGAACUGUCGCCCGGAAAAGUUGUAUUGUGGGUAAUGUAGGCACCAGGUUUUGACAAGAAAGAGGAAUGUGUGGACUGGAAAAGACAAUAUCUUUGGUUCUGCUACAUGAAUUUACAUCCUUGUUUUCGGCAGACACUGUUAUAGGAGUAAAAUACUAAAUCAGUGAAGUUCUCUUUUAAAAACAAGUAACAUAUGAAGUUUAUUGAGUUUGAAAGUACAUUCUUGGCCUUGGAAACAGCAGUUUACG